AUGACGACUCAAUCGGCGAACCUGUGGGUUCUGUUGGGGCUGGGUUUAGCCGGAAUAGUUCUCAUCACCAGAAAGCUCAAGAAGUCCGUCAGAGAGGAUUUCGGCGCUUUCCUCGAGAAGCUUCAGCUCCUUCCUCCGCCUCAGCCUGCUCCUCCCAAAGCUCCUCAUCCUCUCACCGCCCUCUCUUUUGCACUCUCCGACUUAUUUGACAUUGAAGGACAUGUCUCCACAUUUGGCCAUCCCGAGUGGGCAAGAACUCACGAGCCUGCUUCUUCCACUUCUCCCACGGUUUCUGCUCUCGUCGAAGGAGGUGCUACCUGCGUUGCAACCACCGUUGUCGAUGACUUUGCAUUAGGUAUCGGUGGCGAAAACAAACAUUAUGGAACACCGACUAACCCUGCUGUACCUGCGCGCGUACCGGGUGGCUCCUCUAGUGGUGCUGCUGUGGCUGUUGCUGCCAAUUUCGUUGACUUUGCUUUGGGUAUUGAUACUACUGGUGGGGUGAGAGUACCUGCUGGAUUUUGUGGCAUACUAGGAUUUCGCCCUUCACAUGGUGCUGUUUCACAUUUGGGAAUCAUACCUAUUUCAACAAGUCUGGACACUGUUGGUUGGUUUGCAAAGGAUCCCAAUAUAUUGCGUCGAGUUGGCCAUAUACUCUUACGAGCACCAUUUGUAAUUCAACGCAGUCCUCGGCAGAUAAUAAUAGCCGAUGAUUGUUUUCAGCAUAUAAAUGUUCCUCUUGACAGGAGUUCUCAAGUGGUGGUCAAAGCCACUGAGAAGCUUUUCGGAAGGCAAGUAUUGAAGCACAUAAAUCUUGUAGACUAUAUAAGUUCUAGAGUUCCAAGCUUGAAGGGGUGCUCUGGUCAGAAAACAAAUGGUGAAGUGAAAGGUUCUUCAUUAAAAUUACUUGCCAAACUUAUGCAAUUCCUGCAAAGGCAUGAAUUCAAACAUACUCAUGACGAGUGGAUGAACACAGUAAAACCUGAUUUAAAUCCUUCUGUUUCAGCGCAGUUGCAUGAAAAAUUUGAGGUAUCUGAGGUAGAGAUUGAAAACAUCAAAUCUGUAAGAAGUGAGAUGCGUUCUGCUAUAAAUUCGCUUUUAAAGGAUGAAGGAAUUUUGGUUAUCCCCACUGUAGCUGACCCUCCUCCAAAACUAGGUAGUAAGGAGAUCUUAUCAGAGGAUUGUCAGUGCCGAGCAUUUAGUCUAUUAAGUAUUGCAAGCAUGUCAGGUUGUUGUCAGGUCUCAAUACCAUUAGGAUUUUAUGACAAGUAUCCUAUUUCUGUGUCAUUGAUAGCAAGGCAUGGUGGCGAUCGAUUUUUACUUGACACACUACAGACUGUUUAUACAACUCUCCAAGAACUGGCUGACAUUGCUUCCAAAAGCAAAUCAUCUGAAAAUGUUGUCAGUAAGGAGCAGUCUGCUGAAUUUGCAAAAGAGAAGGGAAAUCAAGCCUAUAAAGAUAAGCAGUGGCAGAAAGCCAUUGGAUUUUAUACAGAAGCUAUCAAACUCAGUAGUGAUAAUGCAACAUACUAUAGUAACAGGGCUCAAGCGUAUCUAGAACUUGGAAGUUAUCUUCAAGCUGAGUCCGAUUGUACUAAAGCAAUUAGUCUUGACAAAAAGAAUGUGAAGGCCUAUUUUCGAAGAGGUACGGCUAGAGAGAUGCUAGGCUACUACAAGGAAGCAAUUGAUGAUUUUAAGCAUGCCUUUGUGCUUGAGCCUACGAACAAAAGGGCAGCCUCAGCUGCUGAAAGGUUGAGGAAGGUAUUCCUCCAGUAG